GCCCUGCCCUGCCUGGAGUGGGAUGGAGACUGCCCAGUGGAGUGAGGUAAGUCGGAGGAUGCCUUAAUAUUGUUCCGCGCAUUGGGAAUUCUCCCGACCUGAUUGGACCAAAUUCCCCCAAUCCAUGAUCCACCUUGCAACCGUAUUUGGAAUAACGGACCGGGCUUCUUAUUAGGUCAUGAACUUUCCUUGAAUUAUACAUAGUAUAGACGGCUCAAUCUUCGAUAGACUACCUAGGUAUUAAUACCUCUACAAAUCAAUUGGCUCGCCCUGCCCGCGCCCGCGCCCGUCUAUCCGACCAUGGCGACAAAGCUCUGUCGAAGCAGAGCUCUCGCCUCAGCUCUUCGACCUGCGAAACCAUCGUUGCCGUCUCGUUCCGAGCAGGUCGCCGCCGUUCGAUGCAUCUCCGCGACUGCUCGCCAAAAUGUCAACUUGCCUAAAGAUGCUCCGAAUAUGAGACAGGCGCCGCGAGAGUACCCCAAGGAACUUAAGGUGCCCAUCGUCAACCCUGCAGACAAAUACUCAACCAAAGCCGACAACCUCCACCGGUACGGAGCUUGGCUUAUGGGUUGCUUGCCCAAGUACAUCCAACAAUUCUCCGUCUGGAAGGAUGAGCUAGUUAUCUACAUCCCACCCUCAGGCGUCAUACCCGUCUUAUCAUUCCUCAAGUACAACACUGCUGCCGAAUUCACUCAAAUGACCACCGUUACGGCAGUCGACUUCCCGACCAGAGAUCAGCGAUUCGAGAUUGUCUACAACUUGCUGAGCGUGAGACACAAUGCGCGAAUCCGAGUUAAGACGUACGCCGACGAGGCGACUCCCGUGCCGAGUGCCACCCUGCUAUACGACGGCGCCAACUGGUACGAGAGAGAGGUCUACGACCUGUAUGGCGUAUUCUUCGUCGGCCACCCGGAUCUGCGCCGAAUCAUGACGGACUACGGUUUCGAGGGCCACCCGCUGCGGAAGGACUUCCCGCUGACGGGAUAUACCGAGAUCCGAUACGACGAGGAGAAGAAGCGCAUCGUCACCGAGCCGUUAGAGCUCACCCAAGCCUUCCGUAACUUCGAGGGAGGCUCGACAGCUUGGGAGCCAGUUGGUCCCGGUGACGACCGCACUCCCGAGUCCUUUAAACUACCGAAACCUAAGCCUGAGGAGAAGAAGGAGGAGCCUAAGAAAUAGAUGCCAGCUAAGAAGCUUGUACAUAACUAACACAAUUGACGCUGUUACUCUGACAUUAUGACUCCAUUAUCAGUCAAGAUGUCCUAUUCCCCCUGGCCUUAAGAUUACAGGUUCUACGUCGCACAAUGCCCAACACCACUAUUCUCUUUCCCCUCCAACACCGCUCUUCGCCUCAGCCGGUAGUAUCAGCUUUGUCCCCCUGAGGCUGGGUUGCGGAC